AUGUCAACGCCGACGCCUUCCAAUCCGGCGCAACCCAACUCGGCCUCCAAAAAGGCCACUGGUCAUGUCACGACCCCCUCACAUCUUGGCCUCUCAUCGCCCGCGCCUCGCAGCAUCCCGUCGCCUGCAGCUACGCGAAAAGAUCAAGCAGGCAAGACCCCGACCAACCAUCCGACCGCGAGCUCCCAUGGCAGUAAGACUCUUGGGGGCACGCCGAUGAUGCCGAAUCUCAGCCAGACGGGAAAUACGAGCAAUUCUUCGCCUGGCGCGCACAAUGUCAGCUUUGGCACGCCUUCCGCGCUCGCAGGAUUGGGAGUCGAUAUGGGCUCAGGCACGCCAGGACUAAUGAACAUGUCGACACCGGCGGGCGCCUCAAGCAUGAUGCCUUCGAUGAGCGAGCUCGGCUUCACUACGGGCGGAAAGCGAAACGAGGAUGAAGAGAGGAGAGCAAAGAUGAGGAAGGUUCUCAAGAGCAUUGGAAGGUCCAAAGGUCGAGUCAGUGAAGAAAGCAUUGCACGGAUAUCUAGGCGGGUCGGCUUUGCAACUACCAUUGAUCGCGAAACACUUUCGCCAGAGGAGAAAGAGCGGCUAGUGGGGAACCGUGAUUUCUCAGUCGCGGGCAAUCAUGUGGUGAUCGACGUCUUUAUGGAGAACCAUGUGGUGAAGAAGACCAACCUGGAAGUCAAAGACGUGCUGGAGGAGCACCAGAGGGCUGCGAGCGAGGUGCUGCUUCAAGACCUCAUUCCGUCGGACGGUAUCCUCUUGCACUCGACGUUGGACAGGUUCGCGACAAACUUGGAUUCUCUCGCAAGGCUGGACAGGCUGUCCAAGGACGUGAACUGCUUCGAGGCGCUGAGCAAGCUUCACAAGAGCUUGGGCAGGCUUUAUGAGCUUGAAAUAAGGACAGCCCUGGAGACGGAAAAGGAUCAACAGCGAGCUGAGAGGGAAGUUCUUUGCAAGAAGAGCGGAAAGCCGGUGAUUCACCAGAAUCGCAGGAUAGGCUUGGCACUGGAGUACUGGACAAAUGGCGUGGGCUCAACCAAGACGAAGCAAGACAACUCCAGGAUGGAAAUCGAUGGUGAAGCGAAGCUCGAUGCUGCUGACGAGGGAUUAACAGAUGUGUACGCUCUUCACAUCGAGGUUGAAGGCUCAGCGGCCGCACUGUAUCCAGCCCUUCGCGUUUCUGAUGAGUGGCUGCCGGAGACGUUCGAAUUACCAAGCUCCGAAUCUGUGCAAGGCAUUCCUUGGCAAGAACCUCAACCGACUUACAUUUCGGAAAGCUCGGGUGAUCACUCGAGCAGCAUGGCCAUCGACAACGCGCAGAGACUGCCUGACCUCCGUUUUAUUGCGAAGCUCGACCCUCCUGUAGUGAUGCCGUACGCGGACGCGUCCAGAAUCCUAGCAGUGGUGGGUCUAGAGCCUCCGCAGUAUUUUGUCGCGAAUCAAUACCAUCUCAUGCUGCUGAAUCACGCCGUCAAACAGCUCCAGCAGGACAUCGAAGCAGCCCGUAGCGUGUUAUCCAUCCAGGGCGACACAGAGGAAGAAGUCCUGCACAAGUACACGCUCGAUGUUUCAAAGCCGGACUACGGGUUCAGGUUGGAGACAAUGCCAUUUUCGCAUCCCAGACAGCUCGUAGAGGUGCUUCCUACGCUGCGGCAGUGGGCCAGCUUCGGCGCUCUCGUGCGGAACACUUUCGGAGAAAAUCCAUCUGCGCUCAAGGCGCCAAACGCCGCAAAUGGUCUUAAUGGCAUGCAAGCCAAUGGGUUUGCCAGCGAUAGCAAGUACGAUGCCAUGUCUCUCGAUGAAGUUCUCGAAUCUGGCAGGGAAGACACCGCGACCAAGCAGGAGGCACUGGCUGUCAAUGUUGGGCUAACUACAGUACCACAGCCCACACUCUCGUUCAGCUAUACCGACUUUGCUGCCGAAGGUGUGAGCAGCGCUACGGUGCAAGUGCUACCGAACGCCGACAUCAUUGUUACGGACUAUUCGGAUGUGAGCGAGGAGGAAGCAGCAGGCAACGAAGAACGAGGGGCACAUACAGAGCAGGCGAAGAAGCGCGCCAAGGCAUUGGCGGUGUGCGCAGAUCCCGGUGUUUGGAUUGAAUGGAUGAGGAGUAAUCAGAAGUGA